AUGUCUCCCACCGAGUCUCUCCACGCGACGGCCUUCUUUUUUUUCUGGGUCGCCAUCCUCUCGGCACCGGUCGCCUCCUCCAGUGGCGAGGAGCGGUCGCAGUCGGCUUACCAGGUGCUCCAGUCGUACGGGUUCCCGGUCGGCCUUCUCCCGAAGGGCAUAACGGGGCACGAACUGGACGAGGCCACCGGCGAGUUCAUGGCGAGCAUGAACGGGACGUGCAGGUUCACGCUCGAGAACUCGUACCAGCUCAAGUACGAGCAGAGCAUCGAGGGGGUGAUCGAGAGGGAGAGGCUGAGGAGGCUGAAAGGCGUCAGCGUGAAGGUGACGGUGGUGUGGCUGAGCAUCGUGGAGGUGGUGCGGCAGGGGGGCAAUCUGGAGUUCUCCGUUGGGGUCGCAUCUGCGGGAUUCCCAGUUGAGAACUUCGCCGAGUGCCCACGGUGUGGGUGCGGGCUGGCCUGUAAUGCCACGUUGAGCGAGUUUAGGCCUUCCUCUUCUUCUUCUCUGUCGUCUUCAUAG